CUCUUCCCGGGAGCCUCAGGUGAGAAAGGGAGUGAAUGAGCCUCCCUCGGGCCUCAAGGAAAGGGACUUGUAUUUUCGUGGCGAAGGAAGGGAAAGAUGGCGAGUGACCGGCCCCCCGCAUCCAGAGUGCCGAGUUUUGCCCAAAUGUUGAAGAAGAACUUACCUGCCCAGGCAUCUCAACCGCCGGUUCAGACGCCGACUCUCUUAUUCCCUCAGGCAGAAACCACCAAGCCGCUGUUUCUGGCGGAGGAGAGCCCCAGCGCCUCAGGCCUAGCGUCUAAGGUGACACCCAUCACUGGUCAAGGUCCUGACUGCCAGAAUUUCAAAACAACUGUUGCUCCUAUUUCUUCACUUCCUCGAAAGAAAAUUUCAAAGGAAUUCAUCAUGAAAUACAAACGAGGGGAGAUAAACCCAGUGUCAGCUUUGCAUCAGUUUGCACAGAUGCAGCGUGCACAGCUUGAAUUAAAGGAAACUGUAACACCAGGUAAUCUCUUUGGAGCCUAUUUUGCUUUUUGUGCUGUGGUUGAUGGUAUUCAGUAUAAAACUGGAAUGGGACAAAAUAAGAAGGAAUCCAAAUCAAAUGCAGCAAAGCUUGCUCUUGAUGAACUGCUGCAGUUGGAGGAGGCAAAACCAAAGGCCCUAGAAGCCCCAGAUCCUCCCAUGGUCCUUGCAGAAAACAGAAAUGUGACCGAAAUACAAACUGCAGCUGAAUUUGAUUAUGGUUCAAAGAUUCCUUAUGAAUGCAGGCAUCUAUUAUAUGGAAAAAUCUCUCAAGUUGUCAAGGAAACAUUCAACAAUUUAACUACUAACUACCCGGAAUACCAGAGUUGUAGUAGUUCACUGGCUGCUUUCAUAAUUGAAAGAGCUAGACAGCAUGAGGUGGUGGCCAUUGGAACAGGUGACUGUAAUUAUAAUCAAUGUAGUCACCCUGAUGGCAGAGUAUUACAUGACAGCCAUGCUGUUGUUACUGCUAGGCGCUCUCUUCUCAGGUAUUUUUAUAGACAGCUUUUGCUCUACUAUAGUAAAAAUCCUGCUAUGAUGGCUAAAUCCAUAUUUUGCAUUGAACCAACAUCAAGUCUGCUUGCAUUAAAACCAGAUGUAAAUAUAUUUCUCUACCUGAAUCAGUUGCCAAAAGGAUCUGCUCAGAUAAAGUCCACAGUACGCCUCAGUCCACAUUCUGUGUCGGCAUUUGAAGCUAAUGAGGAACUUUGUCUCCAUGUUGCUGUUGAAGGCAAAAUUUAUCUUACCGUCUAUUGUCCUGCUGAAAUUGCUAGAGUAACCAGCAUGUCUGUCAGUGAUAAACUGACAAGAUGGGAAGUGUUGGGUGUCCAGGGCGCCUUAUUGAGUCACUUCAUUCAGCCAGUGUAUGUCAGUGGAAUCCUCCUUGGAGAUGGAAACUGCCAUGAUACACGUGGGCUAGAGAUAGCUAUCAAACAGCGUAUUGAUGAUUCAUUGACAUCAAAACUGCCCAUGUUUUUCUUGGUGAACAGACCUCACAUUAGCUUGGUUACAGCUGCUUAUCCUGUGCAGAUGAACUUGCAACACAAACCUCUUAGUGUGAAUUGGUCACAAGGAGACUUAUCAUUGGAGAUAGUAGAUGGGCUAAAUGGGAAGAUCACAGAAAGUUCACCCUUCAAAAGUGGUGCUUCAAUGGCAAGUCGUCUCUGCAAGGCAGCAAUGUUAAGUCGUUUUAACUUAGUGGUUAAAGAAUCAAAGAGAGAUGAUUUACUGAAGGCUGGAACGUACCAUGAAGCAAAGAUCAUGGCAGAAUCAUAUCAAGAAGCAAAACGUUUGCUGAAAACCUACCUGGAGCAACAGGGUUAUGGAUCUUGGAUUGUGAAGUCACCACAAAUGGAACGUUUUAAAUCACCUAACCACUGGUCACGCAGGUGUGGUGCUUUUGCAGAUUGUAGUCCACAACAAGUAAUUUCUCUAAGCUCUGAAAAGUGUCAUAAUAUGUAAUGGUAGGUGAUACAUGAUAUCAUAUAUUUGCUUUGCUUUGGGGAAGAUUGAGUCCUAUUCUGGCUUUAAAAGCCACAAUUCUCCUUCUUAAUCAUCUUGAAACUUUGUGGGCUAUUUGCUUUUUCAUUUGUGAGCACUUGUAUUCAAGACUGCAGGAAAAUGUUUUAAGUUGCUCUUAGCUGACAGGAGAAAAUGCCCAGAAACACAUUCUGAACAAAUACAUAGUGUAUUGAUUGGACAUCAUGGGAAUAGUUUUGCUUCUUGUAUAUUUUUCAAGCUUAGUAUUCUUUGUAUGUUUUUGUUUGUUGCAUGUCUACUUUUAGAAGCUGUAUCAGGUGUCUCAGACAUUACUUUUUUAUUUGAUUCUUCAUAAACAGUAUAGUUUUUAGGGACCAAGAUGAAAAAUGACUCUGAAUGCUUUGUAAUCACUUUCUAAAAACCUGAUUUGUUUCAAAAGGUAAUAAUUUUGAAUGGUAAAUUUGUGUGUAGUGUGUCAUUAUGUAUAAGAGCUGUCUUGAUAUCCCAAGCUCACAAAGAUUAUAUUAGUUUUAGGUAUACAAAUAGAAAUUGUGCAAAACUGGGCAAAACAGUGCCUAGCAUGGAGAUUUCAUGCUAUUUGAGUCCUGUUCUCCAUACUUAUUUUUUGAUUUAUUUUAUAUCCCGCCUAUCUGGUCUUGCGACCAUGCUAGGCGGCUCUACCUUGCCCAGAUGUGCUGAUUUGUACCUACAUCACAUCUGGGACAAGGCUUAGAAGUUCAAGCUGUUUGCAAGAGUAUUUAAAUUUUAAUUUUCUGUCAAAAUGUGGCAUGUUUCACAUAAAAAUGUAGUUGUUUGUAUAUCACUUAAGAUAUUCACAAUAUAUUCACUUACUUAGUGGAUGUAGGCUUAGUGAAUGCAGAGUCUUUGUGGAUGGCUAAUGGGUAGUGUAGAAAUUAUUCAUGUAGUUGUACAUAGAAGUUGAAUGAAUAAAUAUGUGGUAAGCAACUUCCAUACCAAUUGGAGAUAAUAGCUCAGUUCCAUCCUUUUGGCUACCAUCAUGUUAUGAACCAACCUUAAGUCUCUGAAGAUCAAAUGAACAUACCGUUCUGUUUAUUUUGUAAAUUUGGUGGUUAGCUUUGCUAUCUUCGGAUUCAUCCAGAAGCUUUAUGUUGAAACAUUUUUAGGUUUUUCUAUUGUGUAUUGAAACAUAUGUAAUAUAAAGCAGUAACUUUCUAUCCAGUGAAGCAUUGGAUGUUUCCUUUGCUAAAUGAAUGAUUUCAGUAAAAUAUUUCUGCUAUAAAUUGUGAACUGCCUAAAAAUAUAGUGUUCUUUUUUACUGGAAAGUUUUUCCUGUUUCCAGAAAGCAGCACGCAACAGCAAAUCCAUGGAGAAUUAUUCUCAUUUUGCAGGAAGAAGACAUUCAGAAAGGAGUUACCCCUCUUAUUGCCCAGACAAGACAGCAGUUAGUUAACAAAGGUUAUAAAUUCAUAAGGUGAACAUAAGUCAGAAGUGACUUUAUGGCACAUAAAGUGUUUAAUGAAACCUUUUCUGAAAAAUUAUCAAUAUUUUGGUGAAGAAACAUUUAUGUUCUUCUGCUGCUUCAUUACUGCUAAAAUCAGAACUCUUUCUAGUGACUGUUAAAUUUGAAUUAAAA